AUGACUGCCCAUUUGAACGUACACCGCAACACGCGGAAGGAGUUCAAGACCCCUCCAGGAGAAGACGCCUCAGGCUUUCAAAUAGAACUCCCAAAACCCUUGCGAUAUGAAGAACUGGAAAAGCUCGCGGAGGAGAGAAAGAGAGAAAGAGAAGCUAUGGCCUCCCUUUCCUUCUCAAGCGAAGAAGGAGCUGCUCGUGCUUCAGCAGCAGCAGCAGCAGCAGCAGCAGAAGCAGCAGCAGAAGCAGCAGCAAAGGAUCCGCUUAAAAACAAACGAAUUCAUUGCUGGGCUCUUGUUAAGGCAGGAACGCGAAAUGUCUCCACUGACCUCUUCAUAGACCCUCCCAGCGGUAGGAUUUACGAGCAGAGCAAAUCUCCUUUCUUAUCCGUUCAUUUUCUGUGGAAUCAGGAAAACUUCUGGGUCAAUAUGAGGCCGAAGCUCUCGGCGCAAGAGCUGAAGUUCUCUCUCUCUAACUCCCGUUUCUUUGAAUGUGCUCUUUGCAUGCCCCCAAAGCCCGAGGCCCGUGAAACACAGCUGGCUGAGUUCGGCUCCGAUCAGAAAACCCAACAUCUGAACGUAGGCUAA